AUGGCAUGCACCUUCCUGGUUUACCAAGCGUACGUUUCUUCGCAACUGACCAAAGUGCUUCCGCCGGACCUUUCUUUGGACGGCGAAUUGUGGGUCGGCCGCAACUUGUUCGACUAUACCUCUGGGAUAUGCCGCUCGAGCCGGCACGACGAGUGGGAGCAUGUAAAGUACAUGUUUCUCACACAGAUCUUUGAUACGCCAAGCAUGCCCAAUGCCAGCGUGGAAGACCGCUGGGCGCUCCUUGCUGAACGCUUCCCCAUUGUCCAUAGCAAUGACACGCAGUCCGUGCAUGCGCCUGGCGUAUAUAUGGUGGGAUACGAGGCAUGUACAUGCCAGGCUCAUCUCGAUACUAUACUCCAACGGAUCCUUGCUUUGGACGGCGAAGGGUACGUGCGCCUUAUUCUCACACCCAGGGUAAUGCUGCGCAGGCCGAAGUCCGUGUAUGAGUACAAACGGAGCAAGUGUCUAUAUAAAUUGAAGCCGACACUCGAUGCGGAAGCACGCGUCGUUGCCUAUGAAAAGGGGCAGAACCGGAUCACAGGUCUCGUAGGCUCGCUCGUCUGCGAUACCCUAUCCGAUCCGCCACGCCGCUUCCGCGUCGGAUCUGGACUUACCGACGCACUGCGCAAGCACCCGCCAGAAAUUGGCAGCGUCAUCAGCUUUCAGUACGGUGGGAUCAGCCCUGGUGGCCAGCCGCGGUUUUCAAGGUACCGAGGUAUCGUGCCGGAUAGGGGAUGA